UACAAGAUCACGAUGAGUUUUAAAUCUAAAGUUAUAAUUGUAACUGGUGCUAGCUCGGGCAUAGGGGCUGCAGUAGCCGUAGCGUUUGCUAAAGAAGGUGCAAUUGUUGUGAUUGUGGGAAGGAACGAUGAAAAACUUGCUAAGGUCGCUAAACAAUGCGUAAGUAGCGGUGGAACUCCUCUUGUUAUCAAAUCUGAUGUUACCAAAGAUGCAGAAUCAAUCAUCAGCAUAACAAUUGAAAAAUUUAAGAAAAUAGACAUUCUUAUUAAUAAUGCCGGUAUCCUCAGAACUAGCAGUCUCUUAGAUGGCAAUAUAAUGAAUAUUUAUGAGCAUGUGAUGAAUACUAAUAUUAAAUCUGUCGUUAAUAUGACAAGCCAAGCAGCACCACACUUAAUUGCCAGCAAAGGAAAUGUGGUGAAUAUAUCAAGCGUGGCUGGAAAAUUAUUGGGGACUUACAGGUUUACAAUCUAUGCUAUUUCCAAAGCUGCGAUGGAUAUUUUCACUAAAGGAGCAGCUCUGGAGCUAGGACAGCAAGGUGUUAGAGUCAACACAGUGAGUCCAGGACCAGUAAGGACAGACAUAUUUGAUAAUGCUGGUUUGGAUUCACCUGAAGAUUUCAAGAUACAAACAAUUCUUAACAGGUGUUCCGAUUCAGAAGAAAUAGCUGAUUUAGUCUUGUUUUUAGCUAGUGAUAAGGCAAAAGGUGUUACUGGGUCUGAUUACGUUGUAGAUAACGGUUACUUAUUAACAAAGUGAUUAAAUACAGAUGUAAUAUCAUUAAAAGGCAUACAAGGCAUAAAA